UUCUUCACCAAAUCAAGGUCAAGGCGCUCAUUUGUGGACGGGAAUUUUUCUGAAGCAGCGAAGGUGCUUAUAAAUUCUACGUAGACGCCUUGGAGUAGCUCGAGUUUUGGACACGAGUUCAGAGCACCCAGGUAGAAAGGGAAGGGCAAGGAUGGCAGGAAAGGUGUGCCAUGGGUGCGGACAGGAGGGGCAUUUGAGGAAGAAUUGCCCCACAGAUUCGUUGGGUCAGAACAGCCGGGACGCUGACCAUACAGCUAAGCAGUGUCGGAAUUGUGAUGAGAUUGGUCACAUCGCUCGGGAUUGCCAGUAUGAGCAGACGUGCCACAAUUGCCGGCAGCCUGGCCAUGUGCGCAGCGCGUGCACCAACAAGGCCACCUGCCGGAACUGCGGGGAGAGCGGGCACAUCGCGAGGGAGUGCAAGUAUGAGCAAACGUGUCAGCAGUGCGGGCAGAGCGGACACCUUAGGCAGGAUUGUCCGGAGCUUGCCUCCGUGAAAAAGGGGAAGGUCGGCGAGAAGACCUGCCACACUUGCGGGCAGCCGGGCCACUUGAAGGUGGAUUGUCCUCAGGCCCCCGUGAAGGAGAACGGAGCCCUGGCCAAGGCGUGCCAUGCGUGCGGAGAGGUGGGGCACCUGAAGAGGGACUGCACAAAGGCACCCGUAGCGAACGGCGGUGGGGUGAAGACCUGCCAUGGGUGUGGCCAGCCGGGCCAUUUGAAGCGGGACUGCCCCGAGGCAGUGCACGAAGGGGACGAUCAGCGGGUGUGCCACAAUUGCGGGCAGGCGGGGCACAUCAGGCGGGAUUGCCCGUCAGGGUAUGAGAAGGCGUGCCAUACCUGUGGCCAAACUGGCCACCUGAAGCGCGAGUGCCCUCAGCUGAUUGCUGUAGCCUAGCUCGGAGUGGGAGCACUUGCACACCAACAUCGAAUCGCGAAUGGGUUUAUUUGGGCAAGCCCGACUUGCCCUUCGUUCUAGUGUUUCCGUUGUUUGCAACGUUGGGGCUUAGAGAUUGAUAGCUUGAGGUAGUGUAGGAACUGAGCUUAGUAUCUGAUGAAGGAGUGAUAUGACACUCAACAAUAGGGAGUUUCGAUAUGGUAGUUGCCAGGUUUAGAGUUCUUUGGAAGCUCUCAGAGCAAUGUCGGUGCAGAUCGGAUCCACCCUUGCAGCUUUGCUGUGAAGAUAUUGCUCGUCUCUCUCAAGUAGAUUUGUUAUGGAACCCCUGAACCUGGUGCGAUGUAGAUGGUGCAUGCCAAGGCUUUGGUUUGAUCGUUGAAGUGAACUUUGAAGGAGAACUGCCUGCUUCGCUGCAUCUGGUUAAUUGCUUGUGAUUCCGAUAGCAGGUUCAAAAUCAGUAGUUAGAGCUAGAAGCACAUCUUCGAAAUGUCCAUUUGUUGAACUCAAGGAUACACCUGCUUCUGAAUUUGCUUGCUGGC